UAUAAACAAAGAUAUAUUUAAACAUUACUUUCUUUUUACCUGUGAAGUAAAAGAUUGAUAUUUUUCUGACUGGAAAGGAUUAGAAUUAACUGUGUGACAUAGUUGUUCAUUGGGUUAUUCAUCCACAUAUACCUAAGUAGUAAGUACUGUAGAGGGACAGGAACUACCAAUCUAAUAAGUUCUGCACAGUACUAGCACAAGAGGAGCUUUUUCAUAACAUGUACAAACUUGAAACUAGACAAAGCAUAAAGUGAAAAACUUGACCAUCUUUUAAACUGAUCUUAACAUUUGACUGUAGAGGAUUAUUCAUGCAAAAUGACAACAAAGAAAAGUCAACCAUCAGAGAAAGACAUACUAACCAGAAUCGACCAAUCAGAAAAAGAAACUAUUGAUAUGGUAAAAAAAUAUGCCAAGAGCCUACGUGAUCAGGCUAAAAAGGACAAAAUGGAAUUCAAGAAAGGUGAUUUAAGUACAGAAAACAUGGCGAAAUUAUUUGGAGAAAUUACGGAAUAUAAAAAUCCUAAUGAAACCUUGACAGUUGUCAAUAGUUACAAUUCUGACUUGAGUUUUAUAUACCGUUUACGUAUCCUUGGUGAGACGUCCAUCUGGAUUUCAAACUUUAACACUAAAAUAUUACGACAGAUUUCCUUUGAAGAUAACAAUAUCAAAACUUUACAUGAAAUUUCUGCCGACAUUUUUGACAUGUCUAAUUCAUCUAAUAAUGAUAUUUUCUUAUCAAUGCGUGACACAUGUGAGGUGAAGAUGCUGAUGAAGUCUGGGAAGAUCAAAUCUGUUUUUUCCGUUUCAACUGGUCUUUUGCCUCGUGCUAUUCACGUCACGAAAGACAAUAGAAUUCUAUUAGGUGUUACUGAUCGUGGGCAUAUGUAUAAAACCGGAGAUGACAGCUUCAGGAAAAUCAUGGUCUAUGGAAUGGAUGGAAAACAGAAACAAUCCUUUGGAGAUGAAAUAUUAACGUUUCCGUACAGAAUAACCACUAAUACAAACAGAGACAUUGUCGUUAUUGAUGUUAUUGCAGACGAUUCUGGGAGAAUAAUCAAUUUGGGACAAGAUGGUAACCUUAAGUGGAUUUAUCAAGGUCAUCCUUCAAUGAAUUCUCAACGACCUUUUGACCCUAGAGAUAUUGUGACAACACCAAAAGGUCUGGUGAUAGUAGCAGACUGUAUCAGCCAUGGAAUCCAUGUUCUAUCAGAGGAGGGAACUUUAAUUACAUGUAAAAACAUGAAAGAACAAGGAGUUGUCUUUCCUUACUCAUUGGAUAUCGACAACAAAGGGUUAAUAUGGGUUGGGUGUGACACAUUCAAAGGCAAAGCAGAUGCCAAAAUACACAACAUUGAAAUUUCUUAACUUUUGUAGACAAUGAUACUUUCUUUUUACAACAUAUGAUUUAUAUUAAAUAAAUUAAAAAACUGUAGACAAACUUGUCAGUACAGCCAACCUCAGCAAUAAUAAUAUAAAACGAAAAAUUUAUCACCAGGCUAAUUUGGACAUUUUUUUAAUUUCAUCAUUCUCUUUAGAAAUUGGAUAUUUCAUAAAAACAUGGUGGCCAUUAGUUUUCUUGUUUGAAUUGUUUUACAUUUGUAAUUUUAGGACCUUUUAUAGCUGACUAUACGGUAUGGGUUUUGCUCAUUGUUGAAGUCCGUACAGUGACCUAUAGUUGUUAAUUUCUAUGUCAUUUAGUCUCUGGUGGGGAGUGUCUCCUUGGCAAUCAUACCACAUCUUCUUAUUUCUUAUUUUUAUACAAAUACAGAAAUUUGAUAGAUGUCAAGACAAGUUAUGUGUUAUUAUUUUAAUUAGUGAUAUUCGAUGUUGAAGGAUUUGCGACAUAUUCAUUUAUUUGUGAAAUUACUAAUAUCAGUAUGAGAGACUUUUAUCCU